CGGCCGGCGCGCUGGGGGUGGUGAUGGUGCUGCUGCUGGUCAUCCUCAUCCCGGUGCUGGUCAGCUCGGCCGGCACCUCGGCGCACUACGAGAUGCUGGGCACCUGCCGCAUGGUCUGCGACCCCUACGGCGGCACCAAGGCGCCCAGCACGGCGGCCACGCCCGACCGCGGGCUCAUGCAGUCCCUGCCCACCUUCAUCCAGGGGCCCAAGGGGGAGGCCGGCCGGCCGGGCAAAGCGGGGCCGCGGGGCCCGCCGGGGGAGCCGGGGCCGCCCGGCCCGGUGGGGCCGCCGGGUGAGAAGGGCGAGCCGGGGCGGCAGGGCCUGCCGGGCCCCCCCGGGGCGCCGGGGCUGAACGCGGCGGGGGCCAUCAGCGCCGCCACCUACAGCACCGUCCCCAAAAUCGCCUUCUACGCCGGCCUCAAGCGGCAGCACGAGGGCUACGAGGUGCUCAAGUUCGACGACGUGGUCACCAACCUCGGCAACCACUACGACCCCACCACCGGCAAGUUCACCUGCUCCAUCCCCGGCAUCUACUUCUUCACCUACCAUGUGCUCAUGCGGGGCGGCGACGGCACCAGCAUGUGGGCCGAUCUCUGCAAGAACAACCAGGUUCGAGCUAGUGCGAUUGCUCAGGAUGCUGAUCAGAACUACGACUAUGCCAGUAACAGCGUGGUUCUUCACCUGGAGCCAGGAGAUGAAGUUUACAUUAAAUUAGAUGGAGGAAAAGCACAUGGAGGAAACAACAACAAAUACAGCACAUUUUCUGGAUUUAUUAUUUAUGCUGACUGAUAAUGAGUAAAAAGACCCACCAAGCCAGUCGAGAAAUGAAGCCUGCUCUUCUAAGCGAUGGAUUUGCGUGGCAAAAGCCAAUGAAACAAGCACCCCGGCAGAGAGUGACCACCGAACACCUCAGCAGCGGGGGAAACGUCGAAUGCUACCUGAUUCACAUCUGUACAACACAGAGAAACCUUAUGUUAAAAACCACAAACCAAGUUAAACAGAUGUGCGAUCCACUUCCGCCAAAGCAAAUACUUCCUCAUUGUUAGUGUCCAUGUGAAUAAAGUUCUACAUAGAUCAAAUUUUUAUAGGGAAGAAAAGCCCACCUAAGGAAGCUUAUCUCUUCAGUGUAUAUGAUACUUUGAUGUGUUAUGAUCUUGCUGCUUUAUCCAUACUUCAGCUUUGAUUCUUGUGACUUACCUGCUAACGAUGCUUGGAGUCCACUCAUAGUGUGGUGAGGAAUGAUUUUACAAUAAAAGGAAGAGGUAAUCAAAAUAUACUUUCUCUUUGCAAAAAAAUUGUUGGCCUUCUACUUUUCUUACCCUCCUACUUAAAACUAGAAACUAGUAAGCUUCAAGCCUUAAUGUUCCUGCUUUGUAGGUUUACAAUAGACUUGUAACAUAAAGUCAAUUCAGUGGAGUUAUUUAAAUUUCGU